AUGUUCCUUCAACCGGCUUUCUUAACCAUACCACCUGUUCGCACCAGAACAAGGAGAAUGACACGCAAUUAUUAUCUUUCCUUCUGCCUGAUUUUAAUGCUCCUUCCUUUACUUGAAUCUCUCCCUUAUAAUGAACCUCUCUUGAAUUUAUCUUACAAGAAACUUGCUGAACUGGAUAAUGACAAUCCUGAAGCUCUUCUUUUAGGAACCUCUUUUACAGAUUUUCAAGAGGGAAAACAGAGGGCAAAUCAAGGAAGAUUGUGGUCUAUCCUUGAUACCACAAAAUCAGCACUAAAAGAAUUUUUCAACCCUCAAUCCAAAACACCUGGAAAUAAGGCUUUAACCAGCUGGGAAGUCUGCUAUGGUAUAUCCGCAAAGGCCAUCGGAUCAUCCGAUUCUCCUACAGUAAAAGACAUGGCCAACGCUGUCCUGGAACUAGGACCUCGAUUCCAUCUGCAUCAAUAUAACCCUCAGGUCGACUUGGAACACGUGAAAUCUACACUCAAGCUCCACUAUAAUUCUCUUGAGAGCGAUGCUUUAAGUACAGCGGAGAGGAUUUGGUCUGUUGGGGUCCUUUCAUACCUAAGAUCUCGUAUUCCGAAGGAUAGGCAUUCUGCAAUUCCUCUGGUCUGGACAGCCAACGACUUGAUUAGGCCUCGAGGAGAUUUUCUGCUGUUUUUUCUACAAGACGAAGACUUGGGCAAAAUUGCUGAGGAGAUGUGGGCGGAAUCCCCUUUCAAAUCAGAGCCAUUCGAACAUAUAAUUCAGGAGGUGAUCCAAAGGGAGUCCAUAGUGCAUCAUAUCAAAGACCAGAUAGGCACGGCCCCCGAUCCUCCAUCAAAAGACUUUCAGACACUCUAUCUUGCGUUUAUAAACUUGGAAACUCCGAUAGAUUCUGAGAAAGCUUCAUCAUUAAUGAUAUUGAUCAAAAAUCAUCUGGAACAUCUAAACAGAAAAAAGAGGAAUCACUUCGAUGAAGAGGCAAACACGAUUAGAAUUUUAUUACACCUCGAGGAACAUCAUUAUGAUAGCAGUGUAGAAUUCAGAAGAUUAACCAAAUCACCAACUAUCCUGGCAAAAGUACUGCAGAGUGAUAUAAGUUUCCAAAUUGCAGGCACACUACCUCCGCGACUCAGUAGUUUUUUGAGAGAAUUACUCAACACAAACACCGUCAAUAUUCAUCAUAUCACACAGGUCUUGGAAAUCUUAAAACAUGAACAAAUAUCGACUCCACAAUUAGGAAGAUUAUUUAGAGUACUAAACUUAGUAUUCAAGAGAGACCGGGCGAUGUAUAGAGUCUUCAGUAUCCGACUGGAUGAAUACACUGAAUUGAUUCCAAAACUCUCCGAGAUGUUACUGAAAUAUCGUCAUGGUCGGAUGAAAACACAAGGGUUUGCAUGGGGAACUGUAGAGUAUUUUGUCUUGAAUAAAAACACAGAUCAACUAGCAGAGAAGUAUAGAAAUCUUCCUAGAAAUGCGUUGGUAUCCAAUUCAGAGCGCGAGACCGCUAGAGAUUUCAAAAAUUCGCGUGGACUGUCCAGAGAACGCGUUGUUGAUAGCGCUUGUCCAGUAGGCUAUGUGUCUGGAUGGAGUUUGAGGUGGCUCAAUUAUCAGAGGAUUUGCCAACUUGAAUAG